AUGAAGGAUCCAGAUACAGACCAAUUGGAGUACAUAGGAGAAUAUUAUUAUCAAGAUUCUGUGAUUUUGGUCGUGAAAGGCUUCUUUACCGAAUUUGUGAAAAUUCAAACGAUUUUCACGACCAUCGAUUUCUCAAAGAACAAAUUUCAGGGAGAGAUUCCAAGAUUGAUUGGGAAGCUAAAAUCACUUAAAGGUCUCAACUUUUCUCAUAAUAACUUGAUUGGUUCUAUUCCGUCAAGCUUUGGAAAUUUGAGUAACCUUGAAUGGUUAGACCUCUCUUCAAAUGAGCUUGUUGGUGAGAUUCCUCAGCAAUUGACAUAUAUGAUAUCUCUUUCAGCUCUAAACCUAUUGAGAAACAGAUUGGUAGGUCCUGUUCCUUGUGGCAAACAAUUUGACACAUUUGAUAACAAUUCAUACAGUGAAAACUUGGGAUUAUGUGGAUUUCCACUAUCUAAAAUGUGUGGGAAUAACAAUGAGCCACAACAAUCGCCGUCCCCGAAUAUACAAGAAGAAGGUGGUUGGAAGGAAAUGCAUGGGUUCGAGUGGAAGAUCAUCUUGAUGGGUUAUGGAUGUGGAGUGGUGAUUGAAAUAUCAAUGGGAUAUAUAGUGCUUUCUGAUAAGGAUUGGCUUUAG